CAGACUGAAUCAAGAUGCUGGUGAUCAUUGAAGCUCUUCUCCUCAUCUUAGCAGCUCUAGAACAGGAUCACACAGCCACUGCUGUAGAUCUGAUAUUUCCAUUGGAUAUGGCACCAAAUUCUGUUGAUGACCAAUAUAAAGGCUGUAGAGACAAAAUGGCAAAUCUGGUAAAAACCAAAUACCUGGAGAAGGAAAUGAGCAACUUGAAAGAAUUUAGAACAGCUUGGGAAAAAGGGGAAAAAUUAGCCAAGAACCAAGCUGAUAGCUUGACGAGAAAUAAUGUAAUCGCCAUUUAUGUCUACACUGAUGAUGGUGUAUAUCGUCAUUUCAAUUCUGACACUCGCUGUGAUAAAAUCAAGUACAGACAAAGGGAAUACAAGUGGUAUUCACUUCACUUUCUGUUGACUGAAGCGAUUCAGGUUUUGAAGAAAACGCAAAAGAAAUGCUUUUCAACUUUUCGCGGAACUGAAAUUGAAUUUAACAAAAAUGUGUUGAACACAAAAGUUCGUUUUGGUUCGUUUGUGUCAUCGUCUCUCGAUCGUAAAAAAGCAUCAUAUUUCGGAAAAGUAUCAUGCUUUGAAAUCAGAACUUGUAAAGGUGCAGAGGUCACAGAAUAUUCAAAGCUUCGGCAUGAGAAAGAGGUGUUGAUUCCUCCAUAUGAGGUUUUUAAAGUCACUGCUGUCAGGAUCAGAGAAGAUCAGAAGGAUCUCUGGUGUAACACUGUGUUCACUUUAAAACCCUCUGGGAAAAAAAGUGAGCUGGACUGUGCUCUGUUCAAGAAAUCAAACAAGACUGUAGCUAAAUACAAUGUCAUACACUGA